AUGGAAUCGGCACAUUCUGUUGACGUGGACAUCAGAAACGGCCAGGAGCCAAAAGUUAGACGCAGUAUCGACAUGAAAAUCGACGUGGAUUCCACUGUAACCGAUGAACGAUGUGACCAGGUACUUAGUGACGAUGAAAAGCUGAUGGAGGUUCAGACAGACACGUUAGAAGAUGACCUGGGUGGUUCCUAUGAUGAUGAGGAAAGUUCCGAGUCUGAGUUCUACACGGAGGAGGAGGAGGGGGAGUACCACAGUGAUGUCUCCCUGGAUGAAGAUGAAGACCAGGAGCCACCUGAGCCAGGCAUGACGCCAAGAAUGGCGCUGAAGGGAGACACUGGCAUAGAAGAUGUACCAGGUAAACAAGAGUACAUUGACGCAUGUAAACAUCUGGGUGUGGUUCCGGUCUGGUCGUUUGUCCGGAUGAUGCGGGUUCACCGACUCCGGAUCCGGCACCGCAGUCUCGGACCCCUGGGAACGAGGGCGAUCUGCGUUCCUAUCGCGCUGAGUCCGUAUAUCACGGCUCUGGACCUGGAGGAUAACGGGAUGGGAGCAGAGGGAGUCUGGCACGUCAGCGACAUGCUGAAGUUCAACCAACUCAUCACAACAGUGAAUCUAUCGUAUAACAACCUGGGCCCAGAAGGCGCCCUCGCCAUGGCGGAUAUGCUGGUCGAGAACAAAGUCAUCACGUCUAUAAACCUGUCAGGCAAUCAUUUCGGGGAGUCGGAUGGGGUACAUUUUGCAAGGGUGUUGAAGGACAAUACGUCUCUACGAGAGCUGAUACUGAAAGAAAACGAAUUUAGAGAGAACGGAGCGAGACUGAUAGGAAAGGGUUUGGUUCUCAACAGCACCUUACGGCGGCUGGACCUGAGCUGGAACCACAUCCGGAACAAAGGUGCCCUGGCCAUCUGCACGGCCAUGAAGAAAAACGAGGGUCUGCGUGACCUUGACGUGUCGUGGAACGGGUUCAGUGACGCAGGCGCAAUCGCCAUGGCGGCGACCCUGAAGGUCAACGUGACCCUGGCUGACCUGGACCUGACCAAUAACAGAAUAGGUCCGACGGGUGUCCGGGCGAUGGCCAACGCGCUACUGGUCAACCAGACGCUGACCACACUCAGAAUGGGGAAGAACAACGUGCCCUACGAGGAAGGCACCAUUCUGCUCAAAGCCAUCAAGAAGAACAAGAACUCAGCCAUGUCCGAACUGGACCUCACGUUGGACCUGACGGACAGGCUCCGCUCGGCCAGCCAGAUGCUCUCGGUCUGGGCCCUCAGUGACGCCGCCGGCAGUCUGGGGUUAGCCCGGGGUUGGUACCGUGGCUGCGACCGGCGGUAUUUUCUCCCGGAGGGGGAUAUUCCUGAGAAAAUAAGACAAAGAAUCAGAACCAUCGCGGCACCGGCACGCCUUCGUGACAGCGGCUCGGUAGUUUACUCCCUGGAAGACGUAAACCAGCGGGUUGACGGCGGGGUUCAGAUCGUACAGGAGGCGGAGGACGAAGUCCAGGCUGUCCGGCAGCGAGGCGGCACCGCGCGAGGCCGGCAGCGCCAUCAGGCGGGCGAGCUGCAGGGGCAGGCGGGUCACCAGGAACACGCCCGACACCACCAGCACCAUGCGGGUCACCCGGUUCCGCGCUUUGAAGACGCACGUGGUCUGGGCGGCCCCGCGCAGGUGGUCGUGCAGGCGCACGUAGUGUGGCGUCACCACGCACAGCGGCACGAGGAACGCCAGCACCAGGCCGUACGACUGCAUGAUGACGCCGAACGUCUGGACGUCCGUGCCGCUCGGGCUGGCGUAGACGCAGACUGGGGUAGAGUGCCGGGCAACCAGGUGGGAGAGAACGCCGCACGGGACGGACAGGACCAGCACCGCCAGCCACACCAGGCCGGAGUACAUGGCGGCUCUCGGUACCGUGCGUCUGUGCAUGUACUGGAACGGGUGGACCACCGACCGGUACCGCUGGACGCCCAGGAUGGUCAGGAAGCACGAACUGCCGAACAGAGUCAUGAACUGUACGAUGUUGCAGUCAGCCAGGACUUCCUGCGAUUCCUGCGUAAGAUCAACAAACUGAAGGGAAGGAAUAUGACCGCUGUCUACGGCUUUGUGCAAAGAAAGGUGAUGAAGCAGGACUGGCAGCAGCCGCUGGAGGAUCCCCGCCGGAUCUUCCAAGACUACAUCCUGCGGAACCACCUGCGGGUCUCAGACGUCUUCCGCCGAUUCGACAAGAAACAGAACAUGGUCAUCACGGUCGACGAGUUCCGCGCCGGCAUGAAGGAGUCUAACAUCAUCAUGGAGCCGUGGCAGCUGGAGCGGCUCAUCCAACAACUGGACUCUGACGGGGACGGGCUCAUCGACUACAGUGAUCUGCUGGAGGGACAGCGGAAGCUGGUGCACAAGGAGCGGCGGCAGCUCAAGCGCAAACUCACCAAGAAGAAAAUCAAAGUGGACGAGAAGAAACAAGUGCUGGAACAGAUGGACGUGGCGCUUCGGGCCAAACCACCAAAAGAGCCUGUCCCCCUUUGGAGAGCCGUCAGUAAGCUGGCCUUGCUGGCCACCCGGUCCAACUCGAGGGACUCCCGGCGCAGCAGCGUGCUACAGACGCCCAGACUUCCCUCGCUGACCGAGGGGCAGGCUGUCAGUACCGCUGUGAGUCGCUGGACGGCGCUGACGGCACGGCGGGCAUCGCCGCGCACUACGUCGCAGCUAUCACUGCGCACCACGUCACAGCUCUCGCCGCGCAUUACCUCACAGUCCGUCCUCAAGGCCCCGGAUGAACCCGAGACGACGGACCAGCCGAUCCUGCCGGCACAGCCAGCUCCGAAGGCUUCGGGAAUCAUCGCCGUGGAUCGGAUGUCUCCGGUAAAACGAUCGGCCGCUGACAGGCGUCUGUCGGCCGGUGGGCGGGCGACAAGAGUGACCACCCCGCUCACCAUGAUGUCAAUAUUAAGCAGAGAAAUGGCCAACUCU